UCUUUAAUCAUGGCCAUCGCUCACAUCGCUACAGAAUAUGUGUUCUCUGAUUUUCUCUUGAAGGAACCCAAAGAGGGGAAAUACAAAGGAGUGCGUUUGGAGCUUGCAGCUGAUAAACUGGUGACUUUUGUGGCGGUGGGAAUUCCUCUGCUGCUCAUCUCCCUCGCCUUUGCUCAGGAAGUGUCUGUGGGUUCCCAGAUUAGCUGUUUUCCACCAACCAACUUCACCCUGCGCCAAGCAGCGUAUGUGGACUCUUUCUGCUGGGUUGCUGCUGAACGCCAAUCUACAAAAGACGGCUCCCCCCUGUGGUUACACAAGUUCUUUCCUUACAUCCUGCUGCUGCUGGCAGUUCUGGUGUACGUUCCAGCUCUGUUCUGGCGCUUCACCGCUGCUCCUCAGCUCUCCUCAGACCUCAGCUUCAUUAUGGAGGAACUAGAUAGCUGUUACAACCGUGCCAUCCAGCUCGCCAAGAGCUUGGCAUCCAACAAACCUGACACCAAGGACACCACAGAGGAGUCCCACAGCAGUCGGGAGGUGGUUGAGGGCUGUUUUAAAUACCCUCUGGUGGUCCAGUAUCUGAGGACCAAGCGUGGGAGUUGGGCACUGGCGUGGAAGUACCUGGUAUCUCGGGUUCUCACUCUACUCACUGUACUGCUGGUUUUCUUCUACCUGGUCUGCUACGUUGGCCUGGUUUCCCCGAGUGACCAGUUCUCCUGCGACCUACAGACCAGUGUUGUCCUGAAUCAGACCCUGAUGCGUCCAGUGCUGUGUAAGCUGGUGUCCGUGGGUGUGUUCCGUCUGCUCAGCUGCGUUAGUUUGGCAGUUUACGCGAUCCUGAUUCCUCUGGUGUUCUACGCACCAGUCCGACCGGCCCGGCGGAGGCAGCAAGGCCAAGUGCUCCACCCUUACAGGCUCCUACCCGCCUUCACACAUGCCCAGGAGCUGCAUGUCAGCUCUCGCCUCUAUGACGACCUCAGCAUCUACCUGCUGUUCCUGGAGGAGAACCUGAGCGAGCUGAAGAGCUAUAAAUGUCUGCAGGUAUUAAAUUUAUUAAAAGCGGGAGAGUGUGAAAGCUUUGACACAAUGUCCCUCCUGAGGAAUCUUGGACAAGUGAAGACGGAUUUGGUGGAUGCUGAAGAUGGCAACAUCCAAUCAGCUUGCGUUCAGGAGGAAGAAGACUUGUCCAAGCUUAAGGAUGGUGAUAUAUCGACGCCAGAAAGGCAGCUGAAAGAAUCCAUCUGCAGCUGUGGGAAGGAUGUGAGACAGAGAACCGUUUAAAGCUUGAGGGAAAACAAAAGCCCAGAAACAAACAGCUCUACAGCGACUCGUCUCCAGAUACAUGAG